UUUCCCAAAAAGAUUCGACUCCCCAAUUUCACAGACUUCCUUUGCUUCUCUACCAUUCUCUCUCUCUCUCUCUCUCAGCUGAGACUCAGAUUGUUGAAGUCACAACAACAACAAAAACAACAUGGGAAACGCCUUAAGAUUCUUGUACGGACACUGUUGCAAUCCUACCACCACAACUGGUGGGGACAAUGGCUCGCUGGGGCCCCACGGCGUCUCCACCGCCACCGUCGGUCUCUCCGCCCUUGCCCAUGACAUCUUCCAAUUUGAGAUCACUUCUCAGGUCCCGGAUGGCCUCAGUAAGCAUGUUGUAUCGUCCAAGAAGGCUCAGGCUAACUGGUACAGAAAACUAGCAGAAGCAUGGAGAGAAGCAAAACCCCCUCCAAAAACAGCUGAAGAGGCAGCUAGGCUGGUCAUCCAAACCUUGAAGAGACACAAAAAGGCAGAUGUUGAGGGCUUGCUGGCUUUCUAUGGUCUGCCUCUUCCUCAUGCCCUUGUUGAGCUCUCUGCUGGGGUCCCAACUUCACUACCUCAAGGAGUAAAGUUUGAAUUGCUAACAUUACCAGUCGAUGCGAAAGCGGUAGCAGAUGGGGACACAGUGACCAUCUAUGUCAGCACAGCCGAACCCCGGGAAUCAUCCUGCGUUCCUAGAGAAGUACAAACGGCCGCAGUUCAAAGAUCCCAAGCGCGUUCUCAGAAGAACUAUGAAAAGGCAGAUGCACUUCACAAACAGAUAAUUGAUUCUGGAUACAGGGUGAUCAAUCUUCAAAACAACGAGGAGGUUCUUGCUCGAAAAUAUCGGAUUCGGUUGAGGGGAAUAGAUGCACCAGAGAGUAAAAUGCCAUAUGGUAAAGAAGCUAAGGAGGAACUGGCCAAGCUUGUUCAGGGAAAGUGUUUGAGAGUCCUUGUCUACGACCAAGAUCGUUAUGGCCGUUCUGUAGGUGAUAUAUAUUCCAACGGCAUAUUCGUACAGGAAAUGAUGCUCAAGAAAGGACUUGCUUGGCAUUACUCGGCCUACGAUCAACGCCCGGAAUUUGCAAGAUGGGAAAAUGAGGCUCGAGGAAAGCGGGUUGGGUUAUGGGCAUCCUCAAACCCUGAGAAGCCAUGGGAAUGGAGAAAGGACAAACGAGACGGCAGAUAAUAACAUUUUACAGGUACAUAUCGGAUCAAGACCAGUAAGGGACCUGAAGCUAUUUGAGGGACUGAGGAGACUGUUGUCAAUAGUUAUUUGUAUCAAUCAUUUAUAGGGUGUUUGGUAUGAGAAUUCAUGUCAUGGUUCGAA